UCGAAAGACCGGGCAGAAAUGAUUAUAACACAGGAGAACCUGAGAUUACUCACUCAGUCCGAGAGUGAUUAAGUAAACUGAAGCAAGCUGUGGGAGCUGAACAACUGACUUUCGCAAGGACUAGCUACAAAGAAUAUGGCCAAAAAGUUUGAAACAUAAUACUGCCAAAAAGUACAGAGGAAACUGCAACAGGCUGCUGAAGAGAACAAGCAGUUAGUGGCAUUAACAAAGGAUCUAACAAUGAAGCAUGUAAUUUGAGUGUAUUUGAUAUAUUAAUCUGAGGAUGGUGUGAUUGUGAAUUUAUUUGGCACCUUGAGCCUAGAACAAUCAAUUUGAUGAAGCAGAAACAUUCCUAUUGGAAGGAUUGGAAGAUUCUACAAACUUUUUCUCGAAAUUGCUUGUGACUUCCGAUGUGGAGUUAAGGAGAGUGUUUGUGAAUUUAACACAAGAAGAAAAGAAGAAAUUCAGCCUAAGAAAGCAAUGAAAUUUUAACUCAACACAAAACCAUUAACAAGAAAUCUUGAUAAAGAAAUGAGCAGCAAGUCUCACUCUCCCACCUGAGGCUUUGACUUGUUAGACGUAAAGUAGAAAAACUGGAAAUUAUGUGAAAGAUUUUAAAAUUUCACACCUCUUCUUGAUCAUAGCAAGUGAGAAAAUCAUCUGGAGGAUUCCUUCUGGCUGACAGCAUCAAAUAUGGCACAAAGCCUCCAUCUUGUGGGCAAGUUAUAACACUACAAGUACUCUUCAACACCAGCAUGUCUUUAACUGCAUUUCCAACUGAAAUGGUCAAUGGCUGUGUCAAAACAGAGCUCAUUGAGCGCCACUAUAAUUACACUGGGAAGUUCAACAAAAACGGGAAAACCACUGAUGGCUUGGACCUAACUACGGUGGCCUUUCUGAUCAUCUGCAGCUUCAUUGUGCUUGAAAACCUCAUGGUUCUCCUGGCUAUUUGGAAAAACAACAAAUUCCAUAACCGCAUGUACUAUUUCAUUGGUAAUCUAGCCCUGUCUGAUUUGCUGGCAGGAAUAGCCUACAAAGUAAAUAUCCUCAUGUCUGGGAAGAAGACAUAUGGACUCACACCAACGGUAUGGUUCAUAAGAGAAGGAAGCAUGUUUGUGGCAUUGGGAGCUUCCACCUUCAGUUUACUGGCGAUAGCAAUUGAGAGGCACAUGACUAUGAUAAAGAUGAGACCCUACGAUUCUAGUAAAAAUCACAGAGUGUUUCUGCUCAUUGGUGCCUGUUGGCUGAUUGCCAUUUUAUUUGGUGUCUUGCCUAUCCUGGGUUGGAACUGUAUUUGCAAUUUUCCAGACUGUUCCACAGUCCUGCCCCUCUAUUCCAAGCAGUAUAUAUUUUUCAGUAUAGGCAUCUUCAGUGCAAUUUUGCUGGCCAUUGUAAUACUUUACGCUCGUAUUUAUAUAUUGGUUAAGUCAAGUAGCCGCAAUGUCGCAAACAGAAAAUUCCCAAAAAACAAUUCAGAAAGAUCCAUGGCUCUGUUGAGGACAGUGGUAAUUGUUGUGGGGGUUUUCAUUGCAUGCUGGUCCCCACUUUUCAUUCUAUUGCUCCUUGAUGUUGCUUGCAAACCGAACAAGUGUAGCAUAUUGUAUCAGGAAGAUUGGUUUAUUGCAAUUGCAGUCCUCAAUUCUGGCAUGAAUCCCAUCAUUUACACCCUGGCCAGCAAAGAGAUGCGUCGGGCUUUCUUCCGUCUCCUCUGUGGCUGCUUGGCCAAUGAUAAAGUUUCCAAGGCCUUGCCAAUUCAGUCAGCAGCAGAUAAUAGCAAAAGCAAGACUACUGGCAGUAAUAUGCAGAAAUCAAAAGGAGAGCCCAUAGAAAUCAGUAAUCAUUUAAAUGAAAUCAAAACUAUUAACUUAUCAACUUCCAAAGGAGAUUUGUGACCAUUGAUUGCUAAUCUGUUACAAACAAUAUUGUUUUCUCGUUAAUAAGCUUACAACAUUAUUUUUAUAACCUUUUAAUUCCUUGUACGAAAGAUCUGUCCUUUCUUUAGCUCUGAACUUUGAAAAAGAAUGGCCACCAAAGAAUCCUGAUAUCUGCCACUAAAAUCCCAAACCAAAGUUGUCUACAAAGUACUCACACAUCAUAUAAUGUACAAAGGACUUUAUCGAUUUUUUGCAUAAAGUGCUAUGAAAGUUCUAUGUUAACCAUUUCAGUUGCAGUGAAAAUAUUAGUAUUAAUCCAGAAAUUCUUUUUUUUUUAAAUUUAAUAUAAAUUGCUAUCGUCUUUGUUAAGACAAUUAAACUUGAAUUUUUAUGUGACUCUCUAUCCAUAUUUUUCCCCAUGGUGUGAUUUCAUGGAUUCCACUGAAUUCAUUCCUAUAUAGUUUUUGACACGAGUUUUUAAACCCUUUUGCAAAGAUCUACAGUGCCCUGAGUUACACUGGGCAACUAUUCACUACUUCCAUCAAUGACAUGAGAAAACCUCUUUCCACAGAUCAUAUGAAGCUUUACAGAACAAAAAAAAACAUUGAACUAUCAGUAAAUCUGCAUGGAAUGCAUAUUCUGUCCAUAUGUUGUUCCUCUGUGAACACCCAACAGCCUCAUAUUAAUUCCAUCUGUGCUCCUUGUUUGUUCACUAAUACUUGCAAUAUAAAUCUCGUGCAAAUUCAGUAUGUCAAAUAUUAACAUCAGAUCUUAAUCAAGUAAGGCAUACGAUUCUUAACCAUAUUUGGUUGAAAGAUCUCUUAAGUAAGAUUGGGAAUCAUAGAAAUCCCUUUUAAAUUGUCAUACUAUAUCACACGCAUAAUAUAAAGUUAAAUAUAGAUAGUAUUUUUAAAAUACUUUAAAAUAUAUUCCUUCUAAUAUAAACUCUCUACAAUUGAGCGUGGGGUUUUAAAUUUCUUCCCAAAGCCAAAAUCCAUUCAAAGCUUCAUAAGCAGCAAUCAUCUAUUUAGAGAAUGAAAUAGGCAAAAGCCAUACCUCUCCUUACAUACACAAAUAUUUGACCCAAUUUCCUAUGUAUAUAAUGACAAAUAUUUAAUUUGUUGUCAUUUAUUGAAUUGCCUGUCAUUUCAUUCGAGUGAACUUCAUUAAAUGAAAAAACAAUUUAGAACUGUGGAAAAAAUUAAAACCUUUCCAGUUUAAUAAAAAGUUUAAUACAACAAGAUAAAUGUACACGACAGUUGCUUCAAAUACUAUGGUAUCAAAUAUUGGCGAAUCCUUGUAACAAAUAAUUUUUU